AUGAAGAUCUUUGUAGCGACUAUGGUGCUAAUGGUAGGAAUUUCUGCCGCCCACUUCGUAGGAGGAGGUGUUGUCGACCCAGCCUGGACUUGGGGUAAUGAAUGGGGAGUUGCUGAUGACUGGAGACUCACUCAUGACUGGAACAGAGAUGGAGUCAUUGACUGGAGAGACGACUUCUGGCUCGGAGGUGAGAGACCAUGGGAUGGAAACUGGAUGAGAGCUGACUGGAACAGAGAUGGUGCUCUUGACUGGAGAGAUGGCUGGAGAAGAUGGGACAACGGAUGGGGAGUUGCUGCUGUUGAUGGAGUCCUCCCAGCUGGAGCCUGGAGAGCUGAUGGAGCUGUUGUUAGAGAAGUUCCAGCAGCAGGAUUCGUAGACGACUGGAGACAUAUUGAUGGACCAUGGGGUGUCCCAGAAUGGGGAUAUGGACUCGACGGCUGGGACAACUGGCACAACGGAUGGAACGGAUACGGCUGGAACGGAUGGGAAACUCCUGUUGUUGGAGGAUGGGAAGCUCCUGUUGUUGAAGGAUGGAGAGCUCCUGCUGUUGAAGGAUGGAGAGCUCCUGUCGUUGAAGGAUGGGGAGCCCCUGUUGUUGAUGACUGGGCUUGGAGAGAUGGAUGGAGAGCUGCACCAGCUGCAACCAAAACUGCUGCCAAGCCAGCUGCUGCCAAACCAGCUGCUUCUAAGCCAGCCACCACCACAACAACAUCUACUGCAAAGAAAAACUAAGUAAUAUUAACAUUUAUGUUCUUAUUUCGGAUAUCCUAAA